AUGUACAGCAGUGCCAGAGCUGUCGGCCAUAUAGAGAGCAGCCCCGCACGGUCCCCGCGCCUGCCAAGGUCCCCCAGGCUGGGCCAUCGGAGGGCCAACAGCGGGGGUGGGAGCGGGGGUGGUGCGGGGGGAAAGACGCUCUCAAUGGAGAACAUCCAGUCACUCAAUGCUGCCUACGCUACUUCGGGGCCCAUGUACCUGAGCGACCACGAGGGCUUGGGCUCCACUGCCACCUACCCAAAAGGUAUGACCCUGGGUCGCGCCACCAGCCGGGCCAUGUACGGGGGCCGCGUCACAGCCAUGGGCAGCAGCCCAAACAUCGCCUCAGUGGGGCUUCCCCACGGUGACCUUCUGUCUUACAGUGACCUGGGCUCCCUCUCCAUGCUACACCACCACCACCACCACCAGGGGGUGCCCUCUGCACUGCUGAGGCAGGCGGUGCGGGGAGGUGGUGGGGAGAUACUGGAGAUGCAGGUCCAGUUCAGGGACAUGCAGAGGGAGAAUGAGCUGCUGCGCCGUGAGCUUGACCUAAAGGACAGUAAGUUGGGAUCUUCCACAAACAGCAUCAAAAGCUUUUGGAGUCCUGAGCUGAAGAAGGAGAGGAUAAUGAGGAAAGAAGAGGCGACUCGCACAUCUAUCCUUAAAGAGCAGAUGAGAGUCACACAUGAGGAUAACCAGCAUCUCCAGAUGACUAUCCAGGCUCUUCAGGACGAGCUGCGCACACAAAGAGACCUAAACCACCUGCUGCAGCAGGAGGGUCGCGCCGCCUCCGACCACUACACCAACAUCGAGCUGACGGAGGAGAACUUCCAUCGGCUGCAGGCCGAACACGACAGGCAGGCCAAGGAGCUCUUCUUGCUGAGAAAGACACUUGAGGAGAUGGAGCUGAGGAUCGACACCCAGAAACAGACACUUGGAGCCAGGGACGAGUCCAUUAAGAAGCUGCUGGAGAUGCUGCAGAGCAAAGGGCUGCCCCCGGGGCUGGGCCGGGCGGCAGAGGAGGAGGAGCAGGAGAGAGCGAGGCGCAUCGCUGAUGCAGAGGCCCAGCUCGGACACCUGGAGGUCAUUCUGGAUCAAAAGGACAAGGAGAACAUACAUCUGCGAGAGGAACUACACAGAAGAAAUCAGCUGCAUCAGGAUCCGAGCAAAACGAAGGCCCUGCAGACCAUCAUCGAGAUGAAAGACACCAAAAUUGCCUCUCUGGAGCGCAACAUCCGAGACCUGGAGGAUGAGAUUCAAAUGCUGAAGGCGAACGGCUUACUGAACACAGAGGACAGAGAAGAGGAGAUCAAACAGAUGGAGGUCUACAAGAACCACUCUAAGUUUAUGAAGAGCAAGAUUGACCAAUUGAAGCAGGAGUUGUCAAAGAAGGAGUCUGAGCUGCUGGCUCUGCAGACCAAACUAGAGACCGUCAACAACCAGAACUCGGACUGCAAACAGCAUAUUGAGGUGCUAAAGGAGUCGCUCACUGCCAAGGAGCAACGCGCUGCCAUCCUGCAAACAGAGGUGGAUGCUCUGCGUCUGCGUCUGGAGGAGAAAGAGUCCUUCCUGAACAAGAAAACCAAGCAGCUGCAGGACUUGACGGAGGAAAAGGGUACUCUCGCCGGAGAAAUCAGGGACAUGAAGGACAUGCUGAAGGUCAAAGAAAGAAAGAUCAAUGUCCUGCAGAAGAAGAUUGAGAACCUGCAGGACCAGCUGCGGGACAAAGACAAGCAGCUGGGGAACCUGAAGGACAGGGUCAAGUCUCUGCAGACCGACUCCAGUAACACCGACACUGCCCUGGCCACCCUGGAGGAGGCGCUGUCAGAGAAGGAGAGGAUUAUUGAGUGUUUAAAGGACCAAAGGGAGAGGGAAGACCGAGAACGUCUGGAAGAAGUGGAGUUAUAUAAGAAGGAGAACAAGGAUCUGAAGGAGACGGUCAACAGCCUGCAUAUAGAAUUAACAGAUAAAGAGUCCAAUCUCAUCGAUUUAAAGGAUCACGCCUCAUCGCUGGCAUCCUCUGGCCUCAAGAGGGAUUCAAAGCUCAAGUCACUGGAAAUUGCCAUUGAGCAGAAAAAAGAGGAGUGUAGUAAGUUGGAGACGCAGUUGCAGAAGGCCCAUGAGGUGGAGCAGCAUUCCGGCCCCAGAGGGAACCCAGAGUACAUGGACCGAGUGAAGCUGCUGGAGAAGGAGGUGAGCUACUACAAGGACGAGGUCAACAAAGCUCAGACUGAGGUGGAGAGACUCCUGGACAUUCUGCGAGAGGUUGAGACUGAGAAGAAUGACAAGGAUAAGAAGAUUGCUGAGUUGGAAAGUCUAGCUCCCAGACAAGGAGGCAAAGACUUGACAAAGAAGGGCCCAAACAUCAAACUGGGACCACAAGGGGAAAAGAAAGGCUUAGGACAAGACCCUCGUAAAGACAGCUCCAUGGACAGUGGCCACCACGUGAAGUUGGAGGAGCUGAUGAACACACUGGAAAGGACGAGGCAGGAGCUGGAUUCCACCAAGCAGCGUCUCUCCUCCACACAGCAGUCGCUGCAGGAGAGAGACGGACACCUCACCAACAUGAGACAGGAGCGCAGGAAACAGCUGGAGGAGAUACUGGAGAUGAAGCAACAAGCUCUGCUGGCAGCCAUCAGUGAGAAAGAUGCUAAUAUUGCCCUGCUGGAACUGUCUGCGUCCAAUAAAAAGAAGACCCAGGAGGAGGUGCUGUCUCUCAAGAGGGAGCGGGACAAACUGAUGCACCAGCUCAAACAACACACACAAAGCAGAAUGAAGCUGAUUGCUGACAACUACGAAGAUGAGCAAUAUCAUCCACAUGGUCCUCACCACCCCCCGACUCAGCCUCCGCACGUUCAGCCCCAGCCUCAGCCGCAGUACCCCCACGCUCCCCACGCUCCUCAAGCUCCCCACGCUCCUCAAGCUCCCCACGCUCCCCACGCUCCUCAAGCUCCCCACGCUCCUCAAGCUCCCCACGCUCCUCAAGCUCCCCACGCUCCCCACGCUCCUCAAGCUCCCCACGCUCCUCAAGCUCCCCACGCUCCCCACGCUCCUCAAGCUCCCCACGCUCCUCAAGCUCCCCACGCUCCUCAAGCUCCCCAUGCACCCAACGCUCCGCAUGGUCCCCAAGCUCCCCAAGCUCCCCACGCUCCCCAAGCUCCUCAAGCUCCCCACGCUCCUCAUGCCCAGCAGGCUCCAUAUCCACAUUCCAUGCAUGCGCAACACCCACAGGCCCCCCAACAGCAUCCGCAGCAGCCACAACCCCAGUACACUCAUCCACAGCACCCUCAGCAGCACCCCCAACCACCUCCCCAGCAUCAACAGCACCCACGCACCCCCCAGCCCCAACACCCUCACCAACAGCACCCACAGCAUCCUCCACAGCCCCCACACGGACAGCCGACUCCGCAGCACCCUCACCCUCAGCACCCACACAGCCCUCCACAACAACAAGGACCCCACCCACAGCAUCCACAUCCCCAGCACCCUCAGCACCCGCAACACGCCCAGCAUCCACGUCACCCAUCGCCUCAUCAUCGCGGAGGGCCGGCCCGAGGACCCCCACAUGCUGGUCACCGUCCCGCCCCGGACCAGGAUGACGACGAGGGCAUUUGGGCAUAAUCCUUGAUGUGACAACCAAAGCUCUAAAAUUGUUUUGAGGGAUGAUUCAGUCACUAUUGGGGAGCACAGCCACGCCAUCAUGUUGAAACACGACACGACCAAACAUUUAUUACCUCCACUCGAUAAACGCUCAGCAAUGGGACCUUUGUUUAUUUACUGGGAAGAGGAGGAGGCAAUUAGGAGAGCAGGUCAUGCGGGGAGACUGACAGCUUUGCAGGUGACCUGGAACAACUUCUCUGUGUGAACAAGAGGCAACGUCAUCUACUUCCGCAGCACAGGAUCUCAGAUACGUAACUGAAUUGGAAGGAGAUAGACAGAUGUUGAUGCCGAUGGAGAGACAGAUGUGAUGUGUGUCGCAUCUCUUGAGGCCAACAACGCCCUCUUGAUCCUCCCAGCAGAGAUCCAGCGCAGUAUUUGUUCCUCAUCCUUCUUCCUGUGGUUGACCCAAGAUCAUGGUUGUCUUGCUGUCUGUUUCACCUGCCUGACUGACUUCUCUGGCUCCGGUUGGCUCCUCUACCUGACUCUUUCAUGGUUUCUUGAUCCUCACUGCCCUGCUGACCCACCAGGUGACAUCUGACCCCUCUACCUGGCUAUCCUGACCCUCAUGACUCUUCUUUAGUUUUAAUCAUCUGAUCGUGUGAAUGAGAUUUUCACUCUGGUUUUACCUUAACACCAAAACACCGAUCAGCAUUUCUGAAAGCGAUAGUGUUUUUAUUCUCAUUUCUUCUGUGCUGACUAACAAUCCGCCUUUAGCCUUGCCUCCAGCAUCGGUGGUUUCCUCUGCUGCACAAGCUCCUGGAUUUCGUUCUCGCCUCAAGGCUCUGGUUGCCAUCCAUAUUUCUCUUCAUGUUACCUCAUUUUAAUCAGAAGUAGUCAAAAAAAAUCAAUCUAUGCAGAUGUCAGUCUAAAGUACAUUCUCAAAUGUAUUAAUCAAAGUGGAACUAACCAUCCAAUCAGAGCAGCCAGGAGAGUGGUCAGAAACUACUCAUCAGUCAGAUUAUGUUGAAGUUUCUGAGCCUAUGCACCUCCUCCGUGUUGCAAGAAUUUUUACUAACGGUGCUUCUUGCUGGUGCUUAAACUAAAUGGUGUCAGAAGACCUGGUCAAGAACAUCUUUUAGUGAUUUUACAGGAGAGGGACUUGAUCCCACAAUGGGCUUCACAAACAACUGUAAAAAGACUGCUUUGUACAUACGAUUUGACCUUUGGGGUUCUUUGAGCACCGAUCACUUCAAGAGAUUUCCCUCUAUGAAUACUGCUACUAUAAAUACAUCAUAGACUAUGAAGUGGAUGUUUCCCUGCAGGUCUAUUUGUACUAUUGACAGCCUAGUAUCUGACCCACAGUAUGCUCCUGCUCCCCUCCCCCUGGUAAUUCUCCUCUUCCAGCAGUAGUCUGCGACCUCCCCAAACAUAGUGACUUGUUUUCUCCUUCUCAACAAGGAGGCCUGUGCCUCGUAAAAAAAAAAAAAAAAGUACACAAAUAUGAUAGAUAUGCAUAUAUUAUACAUAUAGAGAUCAAUCUAUAGUGUGUCUAUACGUGGUCAGAAAAUUGUUUCAAACUGACAAGAUAAUAUAUCUUUUUUUUCUUCAUGGUUAUUUUUCUAACUGGCUGGAGGUCAGAGAGACGUCUUAUCUAGAGUGUUGAGUGGUGUGAUUUUCCUCUGAAUUGUACAUGACUAAACCCCCUCAACAGCAAGUAACAUUCCCUGUCUGGAAACACAGGACAGCACAAAAAGAAAAAAAUAAGAGCUUUAGAGCAGUUUAUGUGAAAUAGACGAGUAUAUCCAAAUCUAUCUAGUCUAGUAAAGAUGACAUUAUUACAUUCCUUUCUUCUAUGUGAAAACAUUUAGUUGAACACCGCUCGUGGUGACAACUUUGAACAAUGAAAAAAAGACUGAAUCUUGCAGCUCACAUAAGUAGCAAUGAGAUUAUGUCUGCUGCCCUCAGCAGUCAGAAAUGUGCACUUGUGAGUGAGGACUAUCACAUCUAACAUCCCAGUGGUUUGAGUGACUGUCGAAAUGCAUUUCUUUUGCGUGUUUGUUGUCUUGUAAACAGAAAUGGUGACAUAUGUGACCGUGACAGCUGAUUAAGUAGAAAAACCAACACACAUUGUUGCAGUCUAGUGGAAAAUGGAAUUAGACAAUCCCCUACUUCCUCUCCCUCCCCUCAUGGUGCCUGUGUGUUUCACUUAUAUGGCCAAGUGUUGAUUGCUGUAUAUAAAUGUCUUUCCAUCUAUCCAUCCCCCACAAAUCGACGUGAACCAUACAUCACCCAUUGUGUCCGCUUCACAUGUGAACCUUGACAGCUCAUGUCACUGACCAAGAAUCAACCAACAGUGUGAAACUUUUGUGUUUUGUGUUUACAAAUGUUUAGAGAAAAGUCCUGAUUUGGAUUUUUUUUUAGAGGGAAGACAAUGCAAGCGGACAGAGGAGCAAAAAUCCUCUCACUUCACCAUCAGGGGGGCGGAGUACGAAUCCUCCAUUUUCAGGUCCUUAACUACUGAAUACUUGAAGUAGGGGGUUCUCCUACCAUGAAAUACCAUUUAUAAUUUACAUGGUAGAAAACAUGAAACAGUUAAUUUGUGCCCAUGCAUGCUGAAUUUUACAUAAGGUGCCAACUGAAAGCGAUGAUGUAAGGAUAAUCUCCUGUUCUCUAUGCAGAGCGAUUUCUUAACUGUUGUGUCAAAAAAAGGUUGAGGAGACACAGAGGCUUAGAGGCUGGGGCUGGUUUCCUAGGCUUAGAGAAAGACUAAUCCUGCUUGUGGAUGACUGACAUCGCACUCGGUGUGAGGUGGAGUCAAGAAGUCAAGUGUGCAUCUGUGCCUAGAAGCAGCUGUAUAGAAAGACUUGCGAUGAAAGGUUCACAAGUAAUUCUCAAAGGCCUUCGAGAAAAAAAGCAUGAAAAGCCUAACACAUAUUUUCACUUUAUUGUUGUAUACAAGCUGUUUUUCUUUGAAUAUGUUGCUGAAUCUUUGGAUCAAACAAAUCACUGUGACCAAUGCCAGAACCAUUUUUGUUGUGACAGAACAAACAUUGUUUACUUUUUUAUUACUUUUUGUAUUUCAGUUAGCUUUUUUUGUACUAUUGUUUCAGCUUACCGAAUAUGCCAGUUUGAGACUGUACUAUUUGUAUAUGUAAAUGUUUUGAGCUGUACAGUAAAGACCUAGAAACAAGUUAAUUGUGAGUGUCCAGCAUGCUGAAUGAUUACUUGUGUGAACGUGAGCUAAUCUCCCACGAAGCAUCAUUCCUCAUUCAUUACUUGCAUCUGCAUCGUGCAUUGUGACGGUGUGAUGUUGUGUUUGAGAGUGAUGUGUGUGUGUCUCACUUACUGUGUCCCCUUAGUAGACAGCCUGUGCAGUUUUGUGAGUGCAGCAUGUUUUUGCGGUUGCUUGUGUAAAUGUAUUCAGAAAAGAGAGAUGUGUGCGUGUGUGUAUAGCUGCGUUUAUGGGUAUGUGUGUGUCCGUGCUAUGAAUGCAUCAGAGAAAAUCUAUUUAAAAAAAACUUUAUUAAAGGAAGUCCCUAAAGUUAAAAAAAGCAAGAGUCAACGUUUUGAAUGAAGCAUGGAUACUCUGUGGUGUUGUGUUUUUUAAACCUAGGAGGCUGUCCUCAGUGACCCAGUUUGCUAUUGUAUGUGCUGUAUCAGAAUAUUACUAUUGAGUGUUGGCCAGCUUGUUUAUAUCCAACAAAUAAAGGUGACUUUCUUUC